AACAUGGCGGAAGUUACUUCUUCAUCGGCGAAAGAAGGCUUUUCAACUGUUUUAACAGUUUCGACGAGUUGUUCCGUACCUGUCGUUGCCCCUCCUAAGUUUGUGUUUGGUAAAGACAUGUCAAAUCGUGUGAAGCAAAAUGACAAUGACGACAGUGAUACAUCAGAAAAAGAAGAUGAACAGUCAACUGGUGUUGCUAAUGUUUUUGAACAUCCAUUGGCAGCUAUUAAGAGGUUUGCUGAAUCUGAUGAUGAAGAUGAUGAAUUCAGCUGUUCUGAUCUCAAUUUUCUUCCAAAGAAAAUCAUGAAAACAGAAGCAACAGAACAAACAACUUCAAGUGUGCUACGUCCAUCAGCCUUAUCUGCCAUAGCUGACAAACUGUCACAUCCAAAACAACAAUGUGAAAAAGUUUGUGAAAAAGUCCAAGAGUCCGACAUACCAGCAAAGACCUGUGGUGAAUCCUCCAACAGUAACAGCAAUUUAGAAGUUUCUACUUCUCUAUCCCGACCAACCCUUAUUGAUACACCAGCAUCAAUAAAUAUAGAAUCUCAACCACCAAAUUAUUUCCAACAAUUCCUCUCUGGACUUAGUUCCUCAACAUCAGAAUCAAAAGACAGUUUUGUAUUUGGUCAAAACAUCAGUGACCGUGUUAACGUUAAUGCAUCAAAUGAAGAUUCAUGUGCAAGUCUCGCGAAUCGUGCUGAAGAAGGCGUCGCAAGUCCAAAAUCUUUGUCGGACGUCGCCGACAGUGCAGGCAAAGACACCAAUACGAACUCUGGAGAUGCUUGCUCAUCCAUUGCACUUGCAGCCCAGAAAUACGAAAGUGAACAUUCUUCGUCGAAGAAAAAUCUCGCUGAAAUUCAAGUGAUGACGGGCGAAGAAGAUGAAAGAAGUGUCGUGCAGGUGAGUUGUCGUCUGUUUGUGUUUUGCAAAGAAAAACACUCUUGGUUGGGUAGAGGGAGAGUCCUAUUAAAACUAAACGACCAAUGCAAGAUAAAUGAAGACGGAACAAUUCACUCCAGAUUAGUUGCCAGAACUCAGGGAAAUUUGAGGCUGGUUUUAAAUACGAAAUUAUGGUCAGAAAUGGUUUUGGAAAAAGCAUCAGAUAAAGCAUUACGUGUUUCCGCCAUGGAAGACGGAAACGUCAACUUGUAUUUGAUAAUGGUUGCUCCAAGAGAAGCAACUCAACUAUACACUGCCAUUGAUCGCAGGAUAGCAACAUUAAAAAGCCAGAAGUCAACAAUAAAAAGCACAAGCGAUGAUUUGACAGCAUCAGGUGAGCAAGAAACCAUAUGUGCUAAUUCGGAAGAUGAAAACAAAGAGAUAAAAAACAAAUUUAUAACUGGCGACGUAACGUUGACAGACAUCCAGGAAGAAACAAACAAAGAACAUAUUUAUAAUGCAGAGAAACUCCCAGCAACCCUGCCAGAUAAACCUAUAUGAAUUUUAAAAUACUUCCCAUGAGAUUGUUGUAAAUCCUUUUUAAUUGCAGAAGAUUUUCUGCCAACUGAGUUUUUCUAAAGUUUUCGCAGAACAAUUUUCAUUUGUAGUAUUUGUUUUGCAAUAAUUAUAUGUCAAUGAUUAAAUAUCUACAUCCUCUUAACAAAACAUUUGCUGAAUGGUGAAUUGUCUAAAUAGUUGAUUGUAAAAUCAAUUGUAAAUUCUGCUCAUGAGAAUAAAUUGAUUAACUGUGUGUUGAA